CCUAUGUGUUUGCUUUAGCCCUCCAGUUUUGCCUCGGUGCAUUUCCAUCACGUUGAGUCCGUCUGUGGCGAUCCCUCUCUCUCUCGCUCUUUCUUCGUCUGUUUGAGCCUGUGAUUAGGUCUGUCUGUCCUUUUCCUCUCUUUUCUCCAUUUUCUACUUUCCUUUUCAUUCCAACAUGUUCCAUAACCCGUGGAUUACUAACUAUCUCAACCACGUCACUCAGUGUAGUCAAGGCUUUGUCAGUGAAGCUUCUGCUAAGCUCUACAGCCCUGCACUACUAAAGAAAAGAGCAGUAAGCUUUGGUGUGGAUGACAGGACAUCACUGGUUAAGAGUACAACAGAAAUUGAUGCAAAUAUCUUAGCUGUACUGCCCAAAGUUUCAGAGCUAAGGAAGCAAUUUGAAACCUCUAUCAAAAGUGGUCCAGAAAUGAACAGGAAAGAGAGAAUUGCACGAAGGUUGGAGGGGAUUGAGGCUGAUGUUCCACCUGCUCUUACUACAAGCAUGCAACACACAGCCGGCCUGGUGACCAACCGACUACUGGAGGAGGACACACCACGCUAUACACGUGCUUCAGAUCCCAGCGAUCCAGGCAUUGUGGUGCGGCGCUACAUCCGUGAUGACAUAGAAGCUCCAGAGCGGCAAUCCAGAGCUCGGACACGUCCAGAUCCACAGUUGUCCUCCCACCCUGAGCCAGUCGGUCCUACCCCAGCCGGGUCUGAUGCAGCCAGCCUCAGCUCUAAAGCCGAGCGGAUUGCGCGAUACAAAGCUGAACGUCGGCGACAAUUAUCAGAACGUUACGGAAUCCUCCUCGACCAAGAGGUGGAUCUGGAUUACGCGCCACGCUGCACACAUGCACGGAGAGAGUCUGACCUGUCGGACAAAGGGGCUCCUCCUGACAGGGGACGUGGUGAGAGCAGGACAAGGGGAGUGGCAUUGCAAAAACAGGAUGAGGGGCGGGACCGAAGCAGCAGCAGGUCUAAAUACAGCAGUUCAGGAAUAGGGCGAGUCUUCAUGCCUUCUUACCCCACCCCCAAUCCUGCUCCUCCUCCAUCAGGCUUUGAUGCUGAGCGAGAGAGAGAGAGGGCAAUGAACUUGGAAAAUUAUAGACGAGCACCUGACCGAAGUACGAAACCACGCCCACAGGAAACUCCGGUUCCAAUGGAAACAACAACAGCCCAACCAGCGAGGGGUGUCGCUGUUGUCACUGUAGCAAGUUCUCCUAGGACAGCACGCAGAGCUUCGUUGCCUACAACACAAUAUGGCAUCUCUCCUGGAGACUUGUUCAUCGAGCAACAAGCUCAAAAUAUCCUCAACAGACAGGGAAUACGAGUAAGAGAGAGACAGACAAUGGAGGACAUCUCGGGAAGGGGUUCUGAUUCAGGGCCAGAUGCAUCUUCUGUCAGACGUCAUCCAACAGUUGCCCCUCCAUAUUUAGCUCCACGACCUCAAUCUGCAAACCAACCACGAACACGGAGCUCUGAACCCCCAAUCCAACAACCUAAUCAGGAGACCCGUCAACAAAGGGCACAUAGUGCAGAGCGGCCGCGAUUCCAGUGCACUCACACUAUGGACUCGCCUGCCUUUCAACAUAUAGUUUCAAGUGAAACUGGAAAUCAUCAGCGUGCCCAAAGUGCAGAGCCCCCAAACUAUGAUCAGAGUCCUGGUAUUCACCCUAGCACCAUGGGUCGUCAGUCUGGAUUUGGACAAAUCAAGCAAUCCCUAACAAAGAGAAAUAGUCAAGAUGCUCAAGAACAAUCACAAAUGCACAGACCAUCACAACAACCACACCCAGCAUACAAAGAUCUCCAGCAGCCAUUUCCUGGUCCUAGAGAUGCCCCACUACCUGUACAAAAGUAUCGGGCUAUCCUUCAACCAGUGCCUUUAGAUCGGGUCACUCACCAACCAGCUCAAGCACAUGCACCUACUCAGAAGCCUCUACAUGAACAUGAACACACCUUGCAUUCACGUCUGUCACAUGGGCAUUAUGGUCACAGCCCUCUGCAGUAUGGUUCAGUCCAGGCACUGCCUCCAGCAUAUGGACAAAUUGUUUACUCAGCUCCUUCCCAUACAUCUAGCCAUCUAUCUUCAUCUUCAAAUGCUCAUGCAGCUCACCCUGUGCCUGGACCUUCACUUAGUAAGUCUGAGACAGUGGAUCCCAAAGGACGAUUGCCCAUACCCAGUUUGGCACCUGCUGACAAAGAGGGUGAAGAGACUAGACGAAUUGCCAGUGCUGAUCACAUUCAGCCAAUUCACAGAGAAGGUCGAUCAGCAUCCAGAGUGGAUCCAGCUUCAGAAGGGUUACUUAAGAGCAGAAAAGCUGUGCUACCCUCAGAGAUCCGCCGCAGGCAAAAGAGUGUGGAUGAUCCCAUGCGUGGACAAACUGAUGAAGGUUUGGAAAGUCAGAGAAUCAGAAGGAUCAGCCAGUCAGAGGAGAUAGAGGAGAGAGGUGGAAGAAAGUUGCACCAGUUGGAAGAAAGGGAGGGGUCUAAUGGAAAAGGAAUUGCUCAGAUGGAGGAGGGAACAAUAGCAGGUGAAAAGGUAAUUGGUCUACUAAAAGACAGAGAACAGCAUGAUGACCAAAGGACCAGUCAAUCUGAAGAAAAAGAGGUAGAUAGUGGCACAAAGAAUAGUUGGAAAGGUAAAGAUGUGGGACGUGGUAUAAGGAAGAUUGGUCAAAGAAAAGAAAACAAGCAAGUGACUGGUAUUAAAAAGGAGGAGGGUCAAGAUAAUUGGAGCACUCACCAGUUAGAGGGGAUGGAACAAGGAGGUGUCAGGAAAGUUGACGAAUUCAAAGAAAGAGAAUGGGAAGUUGAUCGAAGACAAGGCCACACUGUACAGUCUGUUGAACCACUGGUGCAUGGUGAUAAGAAAAUCGGUCAAGAGGUAGAGGAGCAGAAAGAAGGCCAAAGGUUCCUGCAAAAAGAAGUGGCAGAAGGACAUGGUAGAAGACGACGGAUUGAUCUGUCAGAGAAUGAUGAAGGGCAUGUCAGACGGAGAAGGAUAAGCCAAUCAGAAGAUGAUUGGGAGGAACGUAGGGUACGUAAAAUUGGACAGUUGGAUGCAUGGGAAGUGCAAGGAGUGCAUCGAAUGGGCCAGCCAGAUAAUAAUUUUGAAAGACCUGAGAAAGGAAAGCAGAGGUUAAACACACAUCUACCUGAAGAAAUAGACACAGCUUCCACACAGCUAACCAAUCAACAGCAUUUUCCACACCAUAGGGUGGGGGAUGUUGGAGGCUACUUGCAGAAAAGUUCCUUCCUCCCACAAGCGCAACAUCGAGUGAGCCAGGAUGCAGGUGACCUGAGGCCAAAGGUGCGAAUCCGCUCCAUGUCAGAUAUUGGAGUAACUCAACGGUCUGCUGCAUUGAGAAGUCUGGAGCGUGCUGCCAGUCGAGAGUCUGCAAUGGUGACAGGUACAGGGCUUCAUACUAGAGAGCCGAGUGGUGUGGCCAAUGGUGAAAUGGGCACCUUGGACACAAGAGUUUCUGUGGCUAAGCUGAGACAUUCCUACCUGGAGAAUGCUUCUGGACACAGACCUGAGCUGGAGUCUAAAGGAGACCAGGUUCCCAUGGAGAUCGAUCCAGUUGUCAACAGUGACCGGGAGAGAGGAGCACGUCGGCCCAGACGUUACAUUUCCCCUGGAGAUGACAGGAAGUCAUCUGAGAGGUUUAGAACCCAGCCAAUCACAUCAGCCGAAAGGCUGGAGUCUGAUAGGUCCCGUCUUAGCCCAGAGCUUCAAUGUACAGAAUGCGAGUCAAAAUUGGAUGAAGAAAAAAUGGAUGAACGAGCUAAAAUGAGCGUAGCAGCCAAGAGAUCUCUUUUCAGGGAGCUGGAGAAGACUUUAGAGGGAGGUGUCCCCAAACCUCGAUCACGCAAUGCUGCGGUUGAGCGGAGACUCAGACGAGUGCAGGAUCGUUCACGGACACAGCCGGUCACGACAGAGGAAGUUGUCAUUGCUGCUACUUCCCCCGCUCCCCCUUCUCAAGUCAUCAUUAUUCAAACCACUGCUCCCAGAAUCCCCAGUCCUGCUGUAGUCAGCACUUCCAUGACUAGUUUCAGCAUUCCCGUGAGGACGGUGAGCACAGCUGCGGUCUCCUCCAGAAGUUCUUCACACACCUCAAACACUCUCACUUACCUCCAACAACCCCAGUCCUACACGCCUCCGCAGCCUCAACAAAAACCAGCGCAGCACCCUCAAAUCGACACACCAACCCACGCUAGACCUCAAACACAACCCUACAGCCCGCCGACACCACCACAGACACGGGCCAAACCACAAACACACCUCAUUUCUGACUCUCAGCCUCACAUCCACGUUGACUCUCAGGCUCCUCCAUGGCAAACCCAGCUGUUCCCUGAACCCCAGCGGCAGGUGCAACCCAGGGUCCCGCCGCAGACGCAGCCCAAACCGCAAUCCUUCCUUCCACCUCAGUCACAUGCCUACAUUCCCCCUCAACCCAAGAUACCCCCUCAAACCCAGCCCAAACCCCAGUGCUUCAUACCACCUCCAACACAGCCCCAAGAGGAGAUCCUGGGAAAAUACGGCCCCUCUGAACUCGUCGUCUCCAAAGACCAAAGGCCAGAGAUCCACGAAGAUCCAGAGGCCAUGACAUCUAUGUCAAUCAAAGAAAGGUGUGUGCUGGUUACUUCGCUUUUAUGUUAUGUCUCUGAUCCCAGCAUUCCCGUGAGGACGGUGAGCACAGCUGCGGUCUCCUCCAGAAGUUCUUCACACACCUCAAACACUCUCACUUACCUCCAACAACCCCAGUCCUACACGCCUCCGCAGCCUCAACAAAAACCAGCGCAGCACCCUCAAAUCGACACACCAACCCACGCUAGACCUCAAACACAACCCUACAGCCCGCCGACACCACCACAGACACGGGCCAAACCACAAACACACCUCAUUUCUGACUCUCAGCCUCACAUCCACGUUGACUCUCAGGCUCCUCCAUGGCAAACCCAGCUGUUCCCUGAACCCCAGCGGCAGGUGCAACCCAGGGUCCCGCCGCAGACGCAGCCCAAACCGCAAUCCUUCCUUCCACCUCAGUCACAUGCCUACAUUCCCCCUCAACCCAAGAUACCCCCUCAAACCCAGCCCAAACCCCAGUGCUUCAUACCACCUCCAACACAGCCCCAAGAGGAGAUCCUGGGAAAAUACGGCCCCUCUGAACUCGUCGUCUCCAAAGACCAAAGGCCAGAGAUCCACGAAGAUCCAGAGGCCAUGACAUCUAUGUCAAUCAAAGAAAGGUUAGCCAUGUUGAAGAAGAGUGGAGAGGAAGAUUGGAAAAACAGGAUCAACAAGAAACAGGAAGUUAAACAGGAAGUGGUGUCUGCAAGCGAGAAGAGUAGUCAAAUAAUGGAGGAGCAAGGCUUUACGAAAAAGGACGAGACUGUUAUCCGAGAGUUUGCAUCAUUUGAGCAGCUCUGGGAGCCUGUCUUUUCUUCCACCUACUCUCCUCCUCCUCUCCCAUCUACCCCAAAAUGCCAAUAUGUAGGACAACAAGGCCAGAAGCUUGAAGAGGGAGAGGAGCAGAUGUCCAUUGAAGAAAGGAAGCAGAUGAUCUCGACGCAGGAGGAGGCGUGGCAGAGCACAGGGAGGGGCGUGGCCAAUGACUCCGGCCAGUACACUGUGGCUGCCAGAAUGGUGAAAAAAGGUCUGGCUGCUUCCUCUGCAGUGAUCAGCCCUAUUUUGUCUCCAGUCUCUGCUAAACUGAAGAGCAGUAUGCCAGCUAUCUCGAAACCACAGGAAGAAAUUGAGGCCAGAGCAGAGAUGGAAUCUGAUAAGAAGCUGGAAAAGCUGGAGACGUUUUUAGGUCGUUUGAACAGUAAAGUGAGCAAGAGCUCCAGUUUGUCGGAUGCAGCUCUGGCUGGUUUGGCCAGUAAAGAGAGCUACAGCAGCGUGAGUCUGCGCAGUGUCAGUGUCUCAGAGCAGAUGACCAAUAACAGCGCAGCGCCCUACAAAAAACUCAUGCUCAUGCUGGUCAAAGGUCGACGUCAUGUCCAGACCAGACUAGUGGAGCCUAGAGUGUCCUCUCUGAACAGCGGUGACAGUUUUCUGCUGGUUACGCCUGAGCAUUGCUUCGUUUGGAUCGGAGAGUUUGCAAAUGUCAUUGAAAGAGCCAAGGCAUCAGAACUGGCCACUUUCAUCCAGCUGAACCACGACCUUGGUUGUCGAGCUGCACUGGUAGAGACGAUCGAAGAAGGAGUGAAUGCUCAAAGCCCUGCAGCUGCUGAGUUCUGGAAGAUCCUGGGAGGACCGGCCAACUACCACUCGGCCGGGUCUCCAGACGAGGAUGAGAUGUUUGAAAGUGCCAUUGUGGAGACAAACUGUAUCUUCCGUCUUGUGGACGAUAAACUGCUUCCUGAUGAUGAUUUCUGGGGGAAAGUGCCUCGUAGUUCACUUUUGGGCUCUAAAGAGGUGGUAGUGUUUGAUUUCGGUAGUGAAGUGUACGUGUGGCAUGGUAAAGAGGUCACAUUGGCACAGAGGAAGGUGGCGUUUCAGCUGGCCAAGCACCUUUGGAACGGGACGUUUGAUUAUACCAACUGUGACAUCAACCCUCUGGAUCCUGGAGGACACAACACGCUCAUACCGAGGAAAGGUCAAGGUCGCCCAGAUUGGGCCAUGUUUGGCAGACUGACCGAACAUAAUGAAACAUGUCUUUUUAAAGAGAAGUUCCUGGACUGGAAAGAUGCUUCUAGACUGUCACCUAAAAAUGUCAUCGAGCACCCCUUCCAGCAGAAGGAGUCUCCGGGCACAGAUUCCCAUUCUGAGUGCCGGGCGUACAGCGCCUCUCUGAUGCUUCCGGUCUUGCAGUCGCCCAUCAGUACAGUUCUGGACGGUCAGAAUGUGGGUCGAGGACACGGUCCGGUGGAAAAUGGCUCAGACGACUGCAUGCGCUCUCUGGAGAUCAGCACGGUCUCUGUUGACGUCUGGCACAUUCUGGAGUUCGACUACAGCCGACUGCCCAAGCAGAGCAUCGGCCAGUUUCACGAGGGAGAUGCUUACGUAGUGAAAUGGAAGUACAUGGUGAGCGCAGCAGUGGGCAGCAGGCAGAAGCUGGAUCCGGUGCGCAGUGCAGGUCCCGGCAGGGAGAAGUGCUGCUAUUUCUUCUGGCAGGGCAGAAACUCGACGGUCAGUGAGAAAGGAACAUCUGCGCUCAUGACUGUUGAACUGGAUGAAGAGAGAGGAGCACAGAUGCAGGUCCAGCAGGGGAAGGAGCCGCCCUGUUUCCUGCAGUGUUUCAACGGAGGGAUGAUUGUGCAUUCUGGGAAGAGAGAAGAAGAAGAGGAGAACAUUCAGAAUGACUGGCGUCUGUACUGUGUGCGAAGUGAGGUGUCUGUAGAGGGCCAUCUGCUGGAAGUGGCAUGUCACUGCAGUAGUCUGCGAUCACGCACAUCAAUGGUCCUUCUGAACAUCAACAAAGCCCUGAUCUACCUGUGGCACGGCUGCAAAAUGCAAACGCACACACGGCAUGUCGCUCGAACUGCCGCAGAGAAGAUAAAAGAACAACGGCCACUGGAGGCGGGACUUCACAGUAGCUGCAAUGUGACCAUUCAUGAAUGUGAGGAAGGUGGCGAGCCAGUGGAAUUCUGGGAAGCGUUAGGCAGGAAGGACCGCAAGGCCUACGACUGCAUGCUUCAAGACCCUGGCAAGUUUAACUUCACCCCGCGUCUGUUCCAGCUCAGUAGUUCUUCGGGUGAGUUUGUGGCGCUGGAAUUUUUCAACCCAUCCAGAGCCGCAGACUUUGAUUGCUCCCUGCCGUUCCUGCAGGAGGAUCUGUACUCUGCCCCUCAGCCAGCUCUGUUCCUAGUAGAUAACUAUCAUGAAGUUUACCUGUGGCAGGGCUGGUGGCCGCAGGAUACUGAGAGUACUGGUUCUGCCCGCAUCCGCUGGGACGCAGACAGGAAGUGCGCUAUGGAAACAGUGUUGCAGUACUGCAGAGAAAAGAACGAGAAGAAGCCUCAGAAGUCAUACUUGAUCCAUGCUGGAUUAGAGCCUCUGACCUUCACAAACAUGUUCCCCAGCUGGGAGCACAGAGAGGACAUUGCUGAAAUCACAGAGAGGGAGGCAGAGGUGUGUAACCAGAUCAUUCUGGUGGAGGAUGUUCUGGCUCGACUGUGUCAGAGUAUUUAUCCUCUAGCAACACUGCAAGCCCGUCCCCUUCCCCACGGCGUCGACCCGCUGAGACUCGAGAUGUACCUGGCCGACGAGGACUUUGAGCGAGUGUUAGACAUGAAGAGAGAAGAGUUUGACGCUCUGCCUGGAUGGAAGCAAGUGAACCUAAAAAAAGCCAAAGGACUCUUUUAGAAACCUGACUAAAGUUGUCACGGUGACAGAAUUAUCACUGUCCAUUUCCUUAAUGGCCACCGGUUCUGCGCUCACCUCAGCAUUUAGACCUCUUUUGGUUAAGGGAGGUGGUUGUGCACUGAGAACAGUGUAAACGGUCAGGUCAAAGGUCACUUUAGGAUCUACAGUUUUACCUGCUGUGGCGUCCACUUUUGAUGUAUUUCUGAAGUCUGUGGAGGUGAUGUCUGUGUUUGUCUCCUCACCACAUUCAUGUACGACGAUUUGCUGUUGGUGAGCAGUGCGUUUGUUCAUGUAACAUCUAAAACAAGUAUGUUUAGUACAUGAAAUCAAUACACAUCUUCCCAUUCGGUACGAUCUGCGAUGGGUUUUUGUUGCAAUGUGUGUUUAUGUUUGAUAAGUCUGCUGAAUAAUUGGAAAUUGUAUAAACUUUGUAGCAAACAAUGAAGCAGCUGAAAAUCCUGUGAUCGCUCUAAAUGUUGUCAUAUGUCUUAGAAUAUUCUUUUUUGAUCCAAGAGGAGUUUACAUGCUGCGUCUGUAAUUUUUUGUGUGUGUGGUAUUCUCGUGUGAAUGGCUGUUGGUUGUUGUGCCGGUCUCUCUGUCUUGAGGUGUGAGGGACAUCAUGUUUGUUUGUAUUCGGACAGCAUGGAAUAAUGGACGAGAGUAAGAAAAGAUAUUAAUUUAAAUGUACAGUAUAGUGCCUUGCUUUUGUGUACAGUUUCUAUACCAAACACACACUAGUCUGCAUUUCAGAGACUUUCUUUUGUGAUAAAAGAAAUGGUGAAUAAAGAAA